AUGUGGAAUCAGAGUAAAGUGCACGCCUAUCUGCUGCUCUCGAUAGUGGCCAGCAAUUGCCUGCUGACGACCUACGCCUUCCCGCAGCAGGAGGUCUACCAGAGACAGCACCAGUUGGCCCAAUCCCCAGUCUAUCGGGGAGAGGAGAGUGCCAGGAAGUUCGCGGUGAAGCCGAACGCCUCGAAGAAGGUAGCUCUGGACGACAUCGAGGACGAUCUGGAGAACAAUCAGCUGCAGGAGACUGUGGGCGGUCCGGGCGGAUUCACGUGGUCCAAUAUGCUGUCCACCGUGAUGACCAUGUUCUUCAACGGCGCCGUGAAUGCCCCUUCGAAGUCCGACGAUGUGGAUUCCUCGGUGGGACUGGGUGGCAGUCCCUGGGCCAAUGUGAUCUCCAUGGGUCUUCGCAUCAUCAACACUCUGUUGGGCGGUGGAGCCCCCAGCGAUGGCAUCGAUAAGGUUGACAACGGCGGAUCUCCCAUGCAGGGCGUAUUGGUGGCUGUGAUGUCUGCCGUUUUGGGCUCCAGAGACCCCGAUCAAGUCAACUCGAUGGCCAAGCAAGCUGGCGAGUUCAUUCAGAUCGUGAUGAAUCUGCUGGACGCCCUGAAGACCUCCUUCUCGCACCGCUCCCUCACUGCCCGCUCCCUGGGCAAACGUGACUCGGUGAGCGACGCCGUCGUCGCGGGCAUCUCCCUGAUGAAGGGCUACGUCCGCACCUACCGCAACUCAGAGGACAAGUGCACGCAGCGCUACAUGUGCGAUGCCAACACGGAGUGCGUGCGCGAGAUUGGCGGCAGCAGCAUCUUCUGCCAGCUGGGAUCUUACGCCACCAGCUAUGUGCUCGGACGCAGCAGUGGCGGCAGCUUCGAGGAGCUGUACGACGCUGGUCGCCGAGGGCGCUCCGGAUUUGACUGCCGCCAGAUGUAUCUGGAGUGUAAUGAGGUCUAG